AUGUCGCCGCACAAGCUUCCGGAGCAGGAGGAUGGCAAGCGGCAGUGGGUGAUGGGCACUGAAGCCUUUGAGAGGACCAUGCCUCAUCACCAGGGUAUCAAGGCCCUCUGGGAGACCAAGUGGAAGUUUCCGUGCACCAAGAGUGUGUAUCCCUUCCACGAUGGGCAGUAUGAGGACUUUGAGCCCAUUUUCGAACACUUAAUCAAGAACAACAUCAAUGACGGAAACUCCACCGCUUACACGGAGGCUUUCUUCCCCAUCGCCGAGUCGCUGACCUCCAAGGGGGACGAGGCGAUCAUGGCCGGUAACAAGAAGGAAGCAAGCGACCUAUACCUCAGAGCCUGCACGGUCUACCGAAUCGCCCGGUUCCCCUACAUCACGGCCUACCCCGAGAUUAGUUGCCAGGUCAAGUGGAAGGCGUGGGAGGCUCAAAAGCGCGCAUACAUGAAGGCGGCGCAAUCCUGGGAUUGCCCCAUUGACGAGAUCGACAUCCCGCACGCCCACGCCAAGGGCGGGGACUGGAAGUCCAUUCCAGCAUACGUGAGAGUGCCCCCGGGCGCGUCGCAGAGCAAGCCCAGCCCCGUCGUGAUCCUGAUGACGGGUCUUGACGGGUACCGCCCCGACAACACCGUCCGCUCCGACGAGUUUCUCGCCCGCGGGUGGGGAAGCGUCAUUGUCGAGAUCCCCGGCACGGCCGACUGCCCCGCCGAUUCAGCCGAUCCUGAGAGCCCCGACCGGCUGUGGAGCAGCGUGCUCGACUGGAUUGCGGCGGACGGCCGGUUCGACACGAGCCGGGUCAUGGUCUGGGGUCUCAGUUCGGGAGGGUACUAUGCCAUUCGCAUCGCGCAUACCCACCGCGAGCGCUUGAUCGGGUCGAUUGCGCAGGGCGCUGGGUGCCAUUACUUCUUUGACCCCGAGUGGCUGGAGAAGGCCGAUGGUCACGAGUAUCCAUUCCUUUUAACGCCCGCCAUGGCCAUGAAGCAUGGUUACAAGUCCGUGGAGGAAUACAAGGCGGGCGUGCAGAAGAAGUUUUCGCUGUUGGAGACUGGUAUCAUUGAGAAGCCCUCGACGCGGCUGCUGUUGAUUAACGGUACUCUGGACGGAUUGAUGCCUAUAGAGGACUCUAUGAUGCUGUUCGAGUACGGCACGCCCAAGGAGGCCAGGUUCUUCUCGGGGGCAUUGCAUAUGGGAUACCCCAUGGCUAACGGGUCGGUGUACCCAUGGAUGGAGAGCGUCAUGUCUAGCAAGAUCUAG